AUGGUCGCUCUUCUCGCGUACGUGCUCGUGCUUGCGGUCGCCGCCCUCCUGACGUUCCAGCUGUUCGGCAGCAAAAGCGGCGGCAGGGCGGCGGGGGCCCGCGGCUGCGGCCUUGACUUCUUCUACCCGGCGGGGCGCCGGGGGCGCAAGCGGCCGCUGGACCCGUUUCUCUCCGCCGUGGACGCGCCGCAGGCGGAGAUGCUGUCGUUUCUGCAGGAGACGUGCUGCGCGCUUCCCGCGCGGGCGGAGUCGGUGCGCAUCCUGGCGGGCCCCACAAACUUCUUCGAGGAGCUGCAGAAACGCGUGCAGGCGGCCAGCAGCAGCAUCGUCAUGUCCGCCCUCUACAUCGGCGACGGCCCACUCUCGCGGCAGUUCGUCGCGUGCCUCGAGCGCAAAGUCGCGGAGGUGGCACAGGUGGGACGGCCGUUUGACAUUUGCCUCCUCCUCGACUACAACCGCAUGCACGACCGCCACAACCUCCUCACGCUGAAGCGGCUGCUCACCCUCGCCCACACCACCAGCGGCGGCGCCGCUCUCGACAACAGGGGGCUUGUGCGAGUGCGACUCUUCCUCUUCCAGGCGCCUUGUCGUUGGAACCGCCUGUUUGCGCCCUUCGGCCGGGCGAAGGAGGCGCUUGGAGUGCAGCACACGAAGAUCUUCUGCUUUGACGGCCGCGACACCAUCUUGACCGGCGCGAACCUCUCCGACGACUACUUCUCCACGCGUAUGGACCGCUACGUGGUGGUUGAGGACAACGCCCGGAUCGCCGCCUGGUUCUCCGACCUCGUCCAGACACUCUGUCGCCUGUCGCACCGCGUCGUGUGUCGAAUGGAGUUUGCCAGCGGGUGUCACAACAACACUAGCGCGAAGAAGGACAAUAAUGCUAAACAUAAUCGUAGUCAUAGUAGUAGUAAUAGCAGCAAUGGUGGCGGUGGCGGGAUGGACGGCGACGGCCACGGGGUGUGCGGGCGGGGCGGCGGCUCCACGCUGCACAAGAAGAGCGACCUCGUUAUUCUCCCCAACGCCGCGGGCCUCGAUCCCUCGUCACAGAGCGCCGCCUUCAGCGUGCACGCCAAGCAGUUGCUAGCGGAGUUUGCCGCCAGGGCCGUUGCGGCCGCGGAGGCCCUCCCGCCGGGGGAGGAAUACGACACCUUCCUUUUCCCCACGGUGCAGUGGGCGCGUGCGAACGUCUUCCACGACUCUCUCGUUGUGCAGCAACUGCUCCACAAGGCCCCGGCGUCGACGCGGGUCUACCUCACCUCCCCCUACCUCAACCUCUACGCCCAGUUCGUGGACGAGGUGCUGGGGGGUGAAAACCGGUACGACUUCAUCACGGCAAGCGUCACCACGAACGGGUGGCGCGGGGCGAAGGGCUUCGCGGGGUACAUCCCGUACUUUUACCUGCAGCUGGAGCGGGCCUUUUACUACCUGACGCGGGAGUACGGCUGCUCCGACAGGGUGCGGGUGCGGGAGUUCGGCGUCGCUGGGUUGACGUUUCACGCGAAGGGCGUGUGGUUCGUCGAGCGGGCGGAGGAGGGCGACGGCGACGGCGCGUGUGAGGCGGCGGGGAAAGGCGUAAAGGCGCCGUACCUCGUCGCCUACGGGAGCACGAACUACGGCUACCGCUCCGUGCAGAAGGACGUGGAGGCGGAGGUGUUCCUCUUCACGGCGAACGGCGCCCUUCGCGAGGCCCUCCGCGAGGAACUUUUGUUCCUUCUGAGGCAGUCGACUCUCGUGACGGAAGAGCGCUUUGUGCGCGGGGCGCAGGGCCGCUUCCAGCCGGUGGUCUCGCUGCUCGCGCAGAUGGGGCAGGACUUCCUCUGA